UGCUAUACCUUACUAUAAUGAAACCAUGAAGUUGUUGCAUGCUGUGUGAUGUUGGGAGUUUGGGUACUCAGGAACUGCCCUAACAAUGACCUCAUGACCAACACACUACAUGACAACCUUGUUUAUAGUGAUGUUUACACAGAUGGAAGAUUCUAGGUUCUCAGGAAGGUAUUUCAAAAAGUGUAUGUUUUACGAUGUCUGAAUGAUGUAUGUACUGCUCAAUAUGUUGUAUGCCUUUGUGCACAUUGAGGGGAUGCACAACACAGAUAUAAGUCCAGCCUGAAGGCUGAGAGCCUCAGUCCAUGCUGGAUCUCUGUAUGGCCUCUGUUCUGCGCAGAAUGACUUCAGAUGCAGUGAUGAAAAAGGAAAUUGGACAUCUUCCUUUAUCCUUUGAUAUCAAAUUAUAUACUACACCAAAAAGUACAUUUUCCUAAACCUAUUGAUUUGACUUAAUCUGUGAUGUUUUGGCACUAGCUGCUUAUUUCUCAAAUGUUUUGGAAAACAACCAAAAAUAGAUGCAAGAUGACUUCAAAGGGACGUUAAAUGAAUAAAAGUAGAAUAUUUGAGUGUUGGUGUUUUAUUCCCAUGGAGACAGGGUGGGGGCUCUUAAAUAUGUGUGCCUAUGAGUGUUUAAUCGUUGAUAUAUUUUUUACGUGAUGACGUAUGACGUACGUCUGGGACACGCCCCCUAGUUCGAACGAAAGGGACGUGCGCGUCCCCUCUCUUCCUCCACAGCUCCUCUCGGGUCCGUCUGUGUUGAUAGCGGCUUUUUCCUCUCACACGUGCAAUCUCUUCUACGUGAAGCUCUCUCUCUGGGACCCGGUCAUAAACUCAUCCUGCUCUGUCAGAAUAGGUGUAAAGCCAUAUUAACCGACGACCAUGGGGGCUUAUCUGUCGCAACCUAACACAGCCAAGACCUCCUCCGAUGGCGGCAACAGCAACAUGAGCUACGGUUUCUCUGCCAUGCAGGGCUGGCGCGUCUCCAUGGAGGAUGCUCACAAUUGUAUCCCAGAGUUUGAUGAGGAGACGGCCAUGUUUUCUGUCUAUGAUGGACACGGAGGUGAGGAGGUGGCUCUGUACUGUUCAAAGUACCUUCCUGACAUCAUCAAGGAGCAGAAGACCUACAAAGAUGGUAAACUUCAAAAGGCUCUGGAGGACGCCUUUUUGGCCAUCGACAGCAGAAUGACCACGGAGGAAGUCAUCAAGGAGCUCGUCCAGAUUGCUGGGCGUCCCACUGAGGAGCCGCCAGCUCCAAAGGUGGCAGAGGAGGACGAUUUGGACAACGAGGAGGCAGCUUUACUCCAUGAGGAGGCCACAAUGACCAUAGAGGAGCUGCUGGUACGCUACGGCCAGAACCUCAAUGCUGUCAAGCAUGCAGCUGCCAUCAGUGCGGCUGCUAAGAAAGCGGCCUCCUCGAAACCCGAGGCCUCGGGAGAUAAAGAGGAAAGUGGGAAAGCAGAGAAGGAGGGAGUAAAUGGAGAGGUGGAGGAGAGCAAUAAGAAGGUGAAGAAAGGCGAAGGAGCGGCAAGCGGGUCGAAGCUGAGAGCCUGUCGGAGAACAGGAGGUGAAGGCAGUGGUCCAGCAGCUGACUGUGGAGGUUCAGGAAGCUCCAAUGGAGAAGAGAAGGCUGGUAAGGCAGAGGGAGACGCAGGUCCCUCCUGCUCCUCUUUGGCCUCCAAGGAUGCAGGAGAUUCAAAGUCCAGGUUUUUUGAAGACAGCGAGGAGUCUGAGGAGGGUGAAGAGGAGGAGGGCAGUGAUGAAGAGGAUGGCAGCGAAGAGGAAGAGGGUGACAGCAGUGAGAUGGAAGAAGAGGAGGAUACAGAGGAGGGAGAGGACUCUGAAGAUGAAGAGGAAGAGGAGGAAAUGUGCCUACCUGGGAUGGAUGGCAAGGAGGAGCCUGGCUCAGACAGCGGCACCACAGCUGUCGUGGCUCUGAUCCGAGGAAAACAGCUGAUUGUGGCCAAUGCUGGAGACUCUCGCUGCGUGGUGUCUGAGCGCGGCAAAGCUGUCGACAUGUCGUACGACCACAAGCCAGAGGACGAGGUGGAACUCGCUCGCAUCAAAAAUGCUGGAGGGAAAGUGACCAUGGACGGACGGGUCAACGGUGGACUCAACCUCUCCAGAGCUAUUGGUGAUCACUUCUAUAAGAGGAACAAGACUCUGCCUCCAGAGGAGCAGAUGAUUUCUUCGAUGCCGGACGUCAAAGUUCUGACGCUCAACGGGGACCACGACUUUAUGGUCAUCGCCUGCGACGGCAUCUGGAAUGUGCUGAGCAGCCAGGAGGUGGUGGACUUCAUCAGCAAGAGGAUCAAACCAGACGAGAGCGGCAAAGUCAGACUCCUCUCAUCCAUAGUGGAAGAGCUGUUGGAACACUGUUUGGCCCCCGACACAUCUGGAGAUGGGACAGGAUGUGACAACAUGACCUGCAUCAUCAUCACCCUCCGGCCACACCCAUCCCCUGCUCAGCUAGACGACACCAAGAAGAGGAAGAACCAGGAGGAGGCCGCAGGAGCCGAGCCGGAGGAGAACGGAAACAAGAGCAAAAAGGCUAAAAGCAACUAAAGGCAAAGAGAAACUGUCCCAGAGGGAGCAGCUGGUCCCAGGCUACCCAGAUAACACCAGAGACACAUUCUGUUUAAUCCUUACCUCACGAACAUCAAUACAUUACGAUUGCUAUACGUAAGAUCGGCUGAACUAAGAUCAUCAGUUUUUGUUCUUUGUUUUAAGCCGAUUCUCACCUAAACAACCCCUCCAGUUUCUUUUUGUUUUUGCUCUCGCUGGAAAGAAGCUGGACAAACGCUGACUUCUUAAAAAAAAAAAAAAAAAAAAAAAGAGUCCCAGGCAUGUUGAAUAGCACAUCAUUUUCCAAUUAUUUGUAACUAGAAGGAAGAUGCAGAACGAACCAGACCUUCACUGCACUCUGUUAUUGUUAAGAUCUUUUUCCACACAACACGGCGGUUUCACUAUUUUAUUUUAGUGGACUUUUAGGAUAGCUCUCGUAGUGACCUGCGUCUGAUCGCCGUUCACAUUCUACAGUGUGACACAUGUAUUGUCAUUGCAGUUUUUGCAAUAUGAAACCGCACAAAGCUCUCUGUGUGUUGUGUUCAAAUUACAAGGCAUUCAUUGUAUCUCAAAGUGCCAUAAAAAAACACGAAUUCUUUUUUUUUAUAUAUAUAUAGGCACCGUAUCACAUCCUCAAGUUAUAUAAACCCAGAGAAGGGACCCGAAAUGGUUGCAGAUAGAUUUGCAUUGUAUAAAGGUAACGGUAGAAAAAGUGAUUGAAUGAGGGGAUAUUAUUGUCUUUUGUAGUCCAAAUUAAAGAUUAAAGAUGCAGCAAGAGUGCACGUCAGUCCAGUGUGACAUUGAAUGUGUAGCAAGAUGGACAGACGGGUUAACGGUACUAGUCCAGUUGCUCUUGUUUGCCAUUUUGUAUUUUUUCCCCACCCAUUCACAGGUGAGGAUAAUUUUUUCAGUCACACAACAGCCCAAUCACCAAGAAUAUGUCGCCAUCAUCAGCCCCCCCCCCCCCCAUUCCUGCUUUGUGUCUAACAAAAUCUGUAAAUUUCCAGAGGAAGAAAAGAUGCCAGGGUUUUGUGAGCUUGUGUACUUUUCAACUGUAGGAUCUGAUAGAAGGAAAACGGGCAGAGACAUAAAAGACUCGCUGCCUUUCAUGUCUCUGUGUCUCCGUCCAGAGAGAGGUGCUGAUUGAAGCCCUGGUCCUCCACACUAAGCUCGUCUCCAGGACUCUAUCUUUAUCUCCUCUCCCUGUCUGUCUCCUUUCUAUUGUAACACAUUUUUAAGAUCAUCUUUAGAACAUGUGUUUUAAGGUAAAAAGUAUUUCCACUCAAAUGUAUUUUUUUUUUUUUUUUUUGAAUCCUUAUUGGCAGUACUUUCUUUUUUUUUUUUUUUUUACAAAACAUUUUUGUGAGCACACCCUGAAAACGCCCUGACGCUGAACUGUUGAGGUUGCACAAGGUUACUCUUUGAGUGGAAAUACAAUUUGAACUUCAGAGCUCUAAGACAGUGUAGCUGUAAAGAAUAAUUGUCUUUAUUUGCAGAAGCCUCAUUAAAACCACAUUGUGUGACUGUA